AGAUUUAAAAAAAACAACAACAAAAAAACGUCAAUGAAUUAUUUCUGCUUUCAGCAAGGGAAAAAGCAGUUUAGCCUGUCUAGAGCAGACAAGAAAGGGAGGAAGAGGAGGAAAAACCAUCUUUUGCCAGAGCCCGGCUGGGUGUGUCUCCUCGCUCCCCCCGCAGUGGGUCUGUGUUGCUGGCAGGCAGUCCUGCCUGGGAGGGAUCUGCCGUCAAAGCCACCCAGGAAAGGAGGCCUGAUACGCUAAUUAAUAUUCUGAACUAGUGACCCUUCUUUUUUCUUUCCACCCCUUCCUUUUCUCCGGGCUCUCCAGCCUCUCCCUGCCGCGGAUGGCUGCAGCCCCCUCCAGCUGAGUCAGUCCUCCCUCCCCGCAGCAUUGCAGCACCUCCGCAGCUCCCUGCGCUCACUCCUGCAGCACCCGCUCCGCUCCCACCGCAGCAGCAUGGCCAGCACCGUCUCAGCCUACAAGGAGAAAAUGAAGGAGCUGUCUCUGCUCUCCCUCAUCUGCUCCUGUUUCCACACCCAGCCCCAUCCUAAUACCAUCUACCAGUACGGAGAUAUGGAGGUGAAGCAGCUGGAUAAGAGGGCAUCGGGCCAGAGCUUCGAAGUGAUCCUGAAGUCCCCUUCAGAUUUAUCUCCCGAGAGCCCAAUCCUUUCCUCCCCCCCCAAGAAGAAGGACCUGUCCCUGGAGGAGCUGCAGAGGAGGCUGGAGGCUGCAGAAGAGAGGAGGAAGACCCAGGAGGCUCAGGUGCUGAAGCAGCUGGCGGAGAAGCGGGAACACGAGCGGGAGGUGCUGCACAAGGCGCUGGAGGAGAACAACAACUUCAGCCGCCUGGCCGAGGAGAAGCUCAACUACAAGAUGGAGCUGAGCAGGGAGAUCCGCGAAGCACAUCUCGCCGCUUUGAGGGAGCGGCUCCGCGAGAAGGAACUGCACGCAGCUGAAGUUCGCAGGAACAAGGAACAGCGGGAGGAGAUCUCUGGAUAAAGGGCUUUUCUACACAUCUAGCACCUGAUUCCUGUUAACAAACCAACCAAUCGACCAACCAACACGUUUUAUUUUGUUUGUCUAGAUGCGACAUUCGGUUCUCCAUCCCCCCCUCCCCUGGUGUUUGUCCCCCAGCUACACGCUUCUCUAUCUCUGCAUCCUUAAUCGUCAGUACUCAUGGAGAUUCACAGAUCAUAGGGACCUCUAAGCAGAAUAGCAACUAGUUCACAUGAAAUAGAGAAUCAAUCGAUCAAUGAGUCAAUCAAACAGCUUCUUUGGAGGGUUUUGUCCUUUUUUUAAAAAAAAAUAUUUCUUAAACUGAUGUAAAAAAAAUAAUUAAGAUAUUAAUAAAUUCAACCAGCAGUGUCACGGAGAUACAGAUUUCUUAUCCAGGGCUUUUACUCCUCUUGGUAUUUGCUCUGAGCCAAAUAUCAGUUUCAGAAUAACGGGAAGUAAGUGAUAAUUUCUGUGUGUGAAGUGGAAUAGGGAACAGCCCCACGUUUGCCAGUGGUAGGAGAGAGGAACGAGAGAGGGAUGGGAUGGCUCAGGAGUCGCGGCGUGCAGAACCCCCGGUCUCGUGGCUGCAUUGGGAGCCAGCCCAGGCAGGCAGUGACCCAGAGUCCUCAGUUUUGGAUGAUUUUUUGGCAGCCGGUGGGGCAGGAGGUGAGGGUCUCCACCCAGAGCUCAGCGCCGGGUGCCGUGUCGCGGCAAGUCCCCGUCGCGACAGGCACCGCCUGACGCCCUGGUUGGCCGCGGGCUGGGGGAGCCCAUAGACUGAGCCACCCUCUCCCCGGAGGAGUUGGGGACCGAGAGGUCUUGGCCGAGCAGCCCGGGAGAACUGCGGAUGGCAACGGCAUCCCCGGCUCCACGGGAGCCCGGGGAGAGGGCGCCCGGUCUGCGGCCUCUCCAGCCUCGCCACAGCACGAGAUGUCACUCCAGUGAGAAAGCAAAUCCAAUAGAGACAGGGCGCGGUUCCGAAAUAGCCUUUUAGUGAACAGAGUAAUCAUCCUUCCCUCUUUCCAAAGAUGGAUGUGACUCUUGGGUGCCAUCACAGGGCAGAUACCGAGACCAGAGGUGGCCGGGUGAGCCCCGGAGCUCUGGCUCGUAGGCAGCGCCCCGGGAGGCAGGGAGGGAACCUCCAGACCCGGGGCUUUGGAUGGAUGGAGCUAAGCGGGGGGUAAGAGUGAAGAGAUGUCCCCAUGCUCAUUCCUUGUCUAACUUUAGCUUUUCAAGGCCUAUUUUUAAGAAAAAUUUGCCUCUUGGUGGAGGGAGGGGUGAGCAGAGAACGUGCAAGCGUGGCAGUAACGUCUGAUCUAAAUGGGUGACUGUCAAAGCCCAUGGUCUUCCUCGUCUUCUAGUGUCACGGCUUAUGGAGGUGGCCGAGGUCGGGGCUGCCACCCUCCCGCUGAGACCCGCAGACCUGCUCCCCUCGCCCCAGCUCUGCUUCUGCCUUGAAACCCUGAGUGGAGAUGUUGCGCCCGAAGAGCAGGGACCGGCCACCUCCCGGCAAGCGCGGCCUCGCAGGACGCGGUGCUGGGAUCUCGGCCCCGCAGGAGCAAGGGUUUGCAGAGGAGACGGCGGGAGCUGCUCUCAUUUGAGGCAGAAGGUAACGAGAAUUCCUCUCUGUCCAGUGCUUAGAGAUUACUGGGUUGUUAUUUUUCUAACAGACCGGUGCGGUGUGUCAGGCGCAGGGUGCCUGGGGGGGGGGGUAUUUACACCAGGGCACCGCUCUCCUCCUCCUCGCAAUGGCCCCUCCGUCCUGGCUGCCCUCUCAGACCCCAGAAUAAACCAAAGGGGCAUCCAAGGCACCGAACCAUCUCAUUAUUCCUAACUGGUGUCCUCCGCACGCUGUGCCUCCCGAAGAGCCAUUCCGGGGGUGGGAUGAGGGGCUCCUGAGCUGGGAUUUGCAGGAUCUUUGGGGAAUAAUUUAAGGACCCAAGGGGUGUGGAUGUAGGCAGAGGCACAGCCCAGGCCGGGGCUCCCCGGGGACCCCGCUCUGCACGGCGAUGGCAGGCAGCGACCAGGAGCUAGGGAGGAUGAGGAGUUUGCAGGGGAACAACGAGAGGCGAUAACCCUUGCCUCUCCUCCCCUCUGAAAAUGAUAUCAUCACCGAGUCUUGUCAGAAGCUGAAGUUUUCUGUCUGCCCUGUACUUUAAUUAGGUACAGAAUUGAUUACGGCCUGGGGUGAGCAUCAGGCAGUCACAGAAACCCCCCAGAAAGCCAAAGAGCAGCAGCUGCUGGCGAUCAAAUCCUAGGGCUCUUUGCUAAUCCCCCCAAAAGCCCCAGCUGGAUUCGGGAGGGAUCCCUCCAUGGCCACAGUUUGAUGUCAGGGGACUCUGCUCCUAAAAGGAAGGGCUACUUUACUCCCAGACCCCUCCGCCUGGGCCGGGGGGGGAGGGCAGGACUGUUAGAAAGCCCCAGCGCUGUCAGUGACAUAAAAAAAAUAAGAUUUAGGGCAAAGAGGAAAAAGGGAAGGAAACUGAGGGUUGAAUUUCUUAACAGUAGCUAAUGAUCAGUUUAUAGUAGCAGCUGUCUUAGAUAAGCAUCUGUGUAGAGCGCGGCAUCACCGCCAGCAUCACCUCAUUCAUAUAGUGACGAGAAAUUUUAAAAAGUUUAAAAAAAAAAAAAAUUUAAAAGUAAUUUAAACGAAAUGUUUGUGUGUAAGAAAUGGUUGAAACUGUCAAAUGUCUGUGUCCCACGUUGGUGGGAUCUGAGAAGGUAUCUGCGAGAUAUUAACCCUGUCCUACUCUCUGUGGUGCUGAGUGUUUGCUUGGUGUGUAAUUCUGACCUGGAGCUUGUUGUAAAUACUGUUUUUAGUACUAUGAUUAUUAUGAUUAUUAUUAUCAGAAAUGUCGUACUCAUGAGCAGGAGUUUAAAACAAGAGAAACGACCAUUUUCGCUCCCUCCUUGGGGCUCAGAAGGAGUCGGAGGCAGGCCGGGUGAAGGCAGGGGGGGAUGGCAGGGCGGGAUGCCAGCCCAGAGAGCAGCUGGAAAAUCACAAAGUCGGGAGCUGGAGGCAGCUGAGUCCUGCGGGCAGGGCGGUGAGAGCGGGGACGGGCUGCUCCUCGUGCUGGGGAGGGCAAGGAAGGGCCGAGAGCUCUACUAGAGGUGAUGCUUCAAUUCUGGCACCUAUAAUUUAGUGUUAAUCCAAACCUCCUCGUGUGAGGGGGGUCCAGGCUGUUCCCCGCAGCCCCGGGGGAAGCCGGAGGAGCCGCGAGGUUUGGCAUGUGCCGGAGGAGGAGCGGUUGGUGGCAGGUUGUGCUGGGUAGAACUGUCCUCCCCAAACAGCUACCGAGUCCCUGGACUCGGUUCCUGCCUGGAUCCGCCUUUGUGCUGCCAGCUUAGGGCCCGUGCUUGCUCUCCUCCAACUCCUUGGAGGCCAGCCUGGAUCUCAGGUGGGGACUUAUUCCCGCAAUAGCUUUGCCUGGCAAAAAAAAUCCCACGGGAAACGCGCAGGAGAGUGGCCUGGCACCAGUGCUCAUGCAGGUGUGAGCGCUGGGAAACUCAUUUUUCUCACCUCGGUCGGGUCGGCGCUGUGAGGGACAGUGGUCGUGGCUGGAAAAGGUGUUACUGCAGGGUAAGCUCCUGCGCCAGAGGAGCAGGGAUGUGCAGGGAGAGUUUUUUGCAUCGGUAGCAUCAGGUAACGGCUGCCGAGACGCGUUGUGCCGAGGGAACGGCCUCGUCCGUGGGGCCAGAUGCUUUAGGUGCAGCGGAGCGAUGGUUGCCCGGCGCGGAUGAAUGUAACAGGGAUGUUCGGGAGCUUGACAUUUGUCCAGUGCCACUGGACGCUAUCAGGGAAAUGUGUGAUUGCUUUGGCUGCGUGCACCAGCUCCCGCGGUUUCGGCUGGAUGAGGGGUGUCCACCCACCCACCCACCCACCCACCGCGCCGGCCCGGUCCGGGAUCGCGGUUGUUUCAUGCCUUUCCAUCUCCCAGGGUUGCUAAUGGUGGUGUGCAGCAGCAUACUUCAUGCCUCAAUUGAGACUAAUUAAGUAUCCUCAUUAACAUCCUUACCAUCCCAGCCUCCCUCAUUCCCGGACCGUUCCCACGUACCGCGGUUGCGGACACGGCAUGCAACCCCCCCAAUUCCCGGGACCACCUUCUUUGUGGUGGGGCUUGAGGUUCUUCACUGAUUCCCCUAGAUGUUUAUGACUCGAGCUUUGUAACCACAGCUAGCAGCCCCAUUUUUGCAGCACCAAACGAAACACGAGACUUUGUGCCUGGGAGGGAGAGCAUCCUCGAGGCGGCUGGCAGCAUCCCUGCCCGCACCACGACCGUUUGCAGUUGUGUGAGGGAGGAAAGACUAGGUGGUGACAAUUUAUGGUGUGCAUGCAUGCACCUUCGAAAGAGCUCUCCUGGAGAAGGGCCUCUGAUUCGAGCAAGACAGAGAAGCCGAGGCUUAAAUGAGUUCCCAGCUGGCACCGACAGCCGGGCGAUGAGUGAAGCGGCACCAGAGCCGGGACAACUGGUCUCGUAUCCCAAAUUAAAGCUCUGCACUCACCUUAUCCCUUACAGCAAAGAGCUCAGCUCUGUCCGUAAAUGGGUGCUUUCAAGGAUGCUGGCCCCUCAGACUGCUUCUAGACUGAGCCUAUUCCUUGUCUUAUUAUUUCUGAGUCAUUCAAAAAUCUUGCUCUAACCCAGACGUGGGGUUACCUUUGAGUUGACCUUCCAGGAUGGUGACAGUUCACGAUUGCAUGCAUCCUACCUCAGGGGUAGGUCGGUAUUGCUGCUCCUUUUAAACUGUAAACUUCAGCUUGCUUGCUUUUGCUUAGCCCGGUGUGACUCUCUGGCCCUGGCUCUGCAAAGCCCGUCUCCUGGGGUUCGUUUAAUUCCCUCCCGCUGCAUUACUUUCCUCCCUCGCAGUGGCUGUGCACUUGGCUGUGCACACACGCACAGAAACGCAUACGUGGAAACAAUAUAUGCACAUACACUCUUACGCCACUUGAAAUGAGUCAGGGAAUGGCUGUUUACGGUGCUAGAGAUUUCUUACUCUCCAUGCUAGGGAUGAGAUGACAUAGUAAGACCAAUAAACUCCACCUUUGUAGUCAGUUGUCUUUAAGUAAAGCAGAAGAGGGGCACUGGCCAACGCCCACGUUGGGGUGCUCCGUGGUCCCCGGGGCGCGGGGACGGUGGGACCUGAGCACGGGGGGCAGCCGGGCAUCCCAGCCUCAGCAUCCCCUGUGCCUCAGUUUCCCUCCCUCUCCGUGACAAGGGGCCGCCGGAGAGCCAACGCAUCCGCGUCUCGCAAGUGCUCUGAAAAUGGCAAGUACCAAAGUACCGAGUCGCGGUACGCAACUGUCCACCCCGGGGGGAAUAAACUGGCCCAGGGCUGCAGGCAGAGGUUUGGAAGAUGACUGCGUGGCCGCGGGGCUGGGCCGUAACCCCAGGGCUCAGCACCCCGGCUGCCUUCCCGGGCAGGAUUCGCUCCUCCUGCCGCAGCCUGGGCCACCUUUGCUCGUGCCGGCUGGGCAACCGGGUGAGGAGCUGGCGCGGUGUCAUGGAAGGACUUUCCAUCACUAACAGAGCCUUGCCCGGUUCCCUUCGGUCUACCGCGUGCAUUUCAUUGUCAACUUGAGGUUGUUGUUGUGCAAAAGAAGUGAUUAUGAAAAAAAAUAAAAAAAUAAAAAAAAUAAAUAAACUUGGUAUGAAACCAUACGUGUCCGUCUCUCUCCAUAAAUGGAUUGGUUUAGUUCUGAGGCUUCUUUUUGUAUUGUGAGAAUGCUAAUAAAAUGCGUUAAAUGGAAAAUUAACCUAAAGAUUUAACAAAAUAGACUUUAAGCAUUUGUAUGCUAAAGGAGAGUACUUUGCACCCAACAUAAAAGGAGCAGAGACCCUCAGUUUAUUGCCAUUCUCAGAGGAAAAAAAUAAUAAAACGUUUGAAUGAGGGUAUUGCUGACAUCCUUUGUGGCUGGAAGGGUGAGGGUAUGCAAAGCUUUAUGGAGGAAGAUUGAAAAAGAUACAGGACAAUUAUGAAUACAAUAAACUCAGUUCUGGAAAA